ACCAAGCGCGCCCGGCCACUGGUGGACAGCUGACGCUGACCUGUGGGCGCCCACCGGCCCCCGCGGAUAAGAAUCAGGAAGCAACCGCAAGGUGCUAGUGCUCCUGUUCCCUUCUCUGCUCCACCAUCCAUGGCUCAUCCCCUCCUCUCCUCCGCUUCUCCUCGCCUCCGUCUCGCCUCCGCAGCAGGCAAUGGCGUUCCCCGGCUGUCCGUGACGUCAGCACGCCCCACUGCUCGAGGUAGCAGGAGGAACGCGAGGCCGAGGGCCCUUAGCGUGAGGUGCGAGCAGGGAGCCAAGGGCGGCGGCGGCGGCGGGCUGGACGUGUGGCUAAGCCGCGGCGCGAUGCUGGGCUUCGUGGGGGUGGUGGCCGUGGAGCUGACCACCGGCAAAGGGGUGCUUCAGAACGUUGGCCUGACCGCCCCCCUGCCGACGGUGGCGCUGGGGCUCACCGGCGUGGUCGGGAUCUUCACGGCCUUCAUCAUCUUCCAAUCCGGGUCGCAGGACUGAUUCCCGAACAGGAUUGCAUCCUGAGCAGCCGGCCCUUCCAUUAUUCGAGCUCUUCAUCUAGUGCCUUGUAUGUGUGUGCAGUUUUUGUUGUGUUCAGAGAAGAGUUAAAUAGAGACUUUUAUUGGAGCAGUUGGGAAGGGAGGGAGAGGGAAAAAAAUACUACUCCGUACUGAUUAUUAUCGCAAGAGUUUUCUUGCAGAGCAAAUUGCAUUAGGUACCAUGCAUUUUCUAUGUUUUUGUUAUUUGCAAGGAAUUAUUUUGACGUGGUUGUGUA